GUCCUCGUCGUCGGCAGCACCGGCGGCGUCGGGCAGCUCGUCGUCGCCAAGCUUCUCGAGUCCGGCUUUCGCGUCAAGGCGCUCGCGCGCUCGGAGGAGAGCGCGCGCGCGCUGUUCGCCGACGCGUUCGCGAGCGACGACGACGCGUUCGAGGUCGUCACCGGCGUGGACUUGCGAGACGCCGCCGCGCUCGAGCGCAGCGGCGCGUGCGUCGGCGUCGACGCGAUCGUGUCGUGCGUGGGAACGACCGCGUUCCCUUCGGCGCGGUGGAGGGAUGGGAACGGACCGGAGGCGACGGAUUUCGUUUCAGGCGCGUUCUAUACGCUGUCGCCGAACGCGCGGCGGAUCGUGCUCGUCUCGAGCAUAGGCGUCACGCGCACGGACCGGAUGCCGUUCCUCGUGCUAAAUCUCUUCGGCGUGUUGAAGUUCAAAGCCAUGGGCGAGCAGGCGGUCGUCGACAGCGGCAUCCCGUACACGAUCCUCCGCCCCGGGCGGCUCACCGACGGUCCGUACACGUCGUACGACGUCAACACCGUGCUUCGCGCGACGAGCGGGACUCGACGCGCGGUGGACCUCCGACUCGGGGACGAUUUACUUCCGGAGGAGACGUCGCGCAUCGUCGUCGCGGACGCCGCGGUCGCCGCGCUGAGCAGCGCCGCGUGCGUCGGGAAGGGGUACUGCUUGGGGACGAGGGAAGGGGAGGGGCCGGGGAGCGAUUUCGGGAAGUGGGACGCGCUCUUUGAAGGCGCGGGAGGGGUCAGUUGA